AGCCAUCGACAUCAUGACUCCAUGGAAUCCUCGAGUGGAAAUGCCAAUAGAAGCUGCAUCUGUUCAUUUCCUGAUUGGCAUGUGUCAUUCAGAGCUUGGGAGGCCACUCGGUGCUCUUGACGCUUUUAAUAAUGCCAUUCGAGUGAACCCAGAUUUUGCAGAGGCUUUCUACCAGCGCGGACUGACGAAGAUGAAGUUGAAGCACGCUAAAGGAAUCCAUGAUUUUAACCGAGCAUUGGCCAUCAAGCCAACACUUUUCCAGGCAUUUUUGAGUCGGGCAGCUUACUAUGGUCUGAAGGGACGCUACAGUAAAGGAAUCAUGAGCUGUAAUGAGGCCAUUAAGCUACAGCCUCGCAGUGUUAGGGCCUACCUCUACAGGGGAGCGUUGAAAUACAACAUCAAAGCUUUCAGUCUGGCGGUAAAGGAUCUCACAGAAGCUGUGGCAAUCGACUGUAAAUGUUCACUGGCUUACUUCAACCGUGCAGUUUGCUACCAUGAAAUGAGAUUCUUUCAGAAGGCGCUGAUGGAUUAUGGAACAGUAAUGCUACUUGAAGAUGCUCCUAAUAUUAAGGUUCUGCAGAAUCGAGGAUUGCUUUACCACGAAAUAGAUGACGUGGAAAAUGCUUUACAAGAUUUCCUGGCCGCUGCCAAGGUGUCACCAGCCAACCCCCAUAUACGUCACACACUGGGUCUUUGUUAUCACAAGUUAAACCGCUUGGAGGAAGCUGUUUCGUCUUACAACGAUGCUCUUCGUAUCGAUCCGUUCUUUGUUGAAGCAUACAAUGGGCGUGGAAAUGCAUUGAUGGACUUUGGACACGAAGAUGGAACUAUUCUGGGAAGACAUGAUUAUUUAAAGGCUCUUCAUGUGGACCCACUGUGUUUAUCUGCACGAGUGAACUUGGGCUACAAUUUGCAGGUUGAAGGAAAGUUUCAAGCGGCAUGGAACCAGUUUUCCGCUGCAAUAUCCAUUAAUUCAGCAUGCCAGUCAGCUUUGGAAGGCCGCGCUGUUGUAAACUUACAGAUGGGAAACACGUUUGGUGCCUUUGUUGAUAUGAAUGACGCUAUCAAGAUUUCUAAGACUGCAGAGUUGUUGACGAAUCGUGGAGUAGUGCAGCAGUUCAUGGGAGACUUGGUGAAUGCCAUCCGCGAUUACCAAGCGGCAGUUAAAACAGAUCCAUCGUACGCUCUCGCUUAUUAUAACGCCGCUAAUGUCUACUUUAGACAGAGGCAAUUCAAGCAGGCCCUGAACUACUACGACAAGGCUUUGUCUUGGUAUUCUGAAGACGAAUCUGCAGUACUUAACAGAGCUAUAACGAAGGUGAUGAUAAAAGACACCCGAGGAGCGAUACAAGAUUUCAACCGAGCAGUGGAGCUGAAUCCGUACGCUGCUCAUCUGUACUUCAAUCGAGCAAACCUUUACGCUUCACUAAGGAAAUACAAGGAGUCUGAAGAUGAUUACACCAGAGCCUUAAGCCUUAAGCCCGGUGAUGCUCUUGUGUAUAAAAGACGAGCUGACGUUCUUGGCAAACAAGGGAAGAAAGGCGCCGCUAUUGAGGACUACAAGAGAGCAAUCGUGAUUCAGACAACAAAACGAUAG